AUGGUAAAUAUAUGUCCAAUGCUCAUACGUCCAUCAUUUAUUGGUCAUACUUAUCAUGAUUUUCAACUAAAAUUUGAAUCUCCAAUAACAAAUUGUACUAUAGAUCCUAUGCAAAAUAUACUUUUUAUUCAAUUUAAUCGUAUUUCAAAUUCAACAUUAAAUAAUACAUCAUAUACUCUAUAUGAUCUAACAAAAUCUAAUAGUGAAUUACCACAUAUACAAGUUUAUCCUGAUGAUCAUAUUAAUUUUUGUGUACAAUCAGCAUUUAAUAUAGAUAAAAAUAAAAUAACAUGUCAAGAAUUUUAUAUGAUAACAAUGUUAUCAUCAAUAGAUACAAUAAUAUGGCCAUUAUUAAUUAUAUUUGGUUAUAUUAUUAUAUUAAUAAUAGGAAUAUUAUUUUCUUUAUUAUCACAAAUAUUUAAUAAAUUAUCUCAAACAAUUUUUUCAGGUUCAAUAACAAAAAAAUUAUUAAAAACACGAGAUAUAUUUUCAUUUUUACCAACAUCACAGAGAAAUUUACGUAAUAUGAAUUUAACAAAAUUUGAUGAAAAAAAAGAAUUUUUCAAAGCAAUUGAUAUUAUUGCUAAAGAAUGUCGAACAAAUACAAAAACAUAUAUUAUUAAAACACAAAAAUUUUAA